AUGACGUCCUCAAAAGGUAGUACCACCAGUACGUCAAAGUUUACCGACCAUGCUGCUGUACUUUUAAAACAUCACUACCGUAACUCGCCGUUCCGUCACUAUGAUGACGCAGUCAGUCCACUUCUAGACGACGUGAACACUAAAGGGUUUGAACGAGUAAAAGGCUUAAUUCACAAGACUUUUCCUCAAUGCGAUAUUUUUAAAAUACAUCGUGUCAACGCCCCAGCGAUGUAUGGAAUGUACCUCCUACAUAAGGAGGAAAUACGAUUGGCCAACGGAGGAAAUGAUGUGAAGGAGAAGGUGCUAUACCACGUGACCUCCGAGUCAAACGCUGUGGAAUCGCUAAUAAGUGGACUCGACUGGAGGCGCACUCAGCGCUCUAGAUUCGGAUCUGGGGUAUCUUUUAGUAACGACGCGGACUACUGCAAUUAUUAUGCCAAUAAAUCCACUAAUAAAGUGGGAAUGAGAGUGAUCAUCGUAAGCACUGUGCUGAUGAAUGAUACGUAUCGGACCAAAAGUUUGAACAAAGAAAACACACUAUUCAUACCGCCCGGCACCGCAGAUACGACGGUGAGCCCUAACGGCCACGUUUUCGUCAAGUAUUAUGACUUUGAAUCAUACCCGUUGUUUUUUGUUUACUACCGUUGGACCCCGGAAAUUCUAAAUAAAAGCAAAUUUUUCAUCAUCAAAACCAACUACACCCUCCAAAGGUUACUGCAGGAAGAACAGAUACUGUGUGAGCAAGUAGCAGAUUUGCAUAUAGCCGAAUCUAGCAGCGUGCAAAAACGACGCCCAAUUGCCAAGAAGAAACGUAUACUGCAGCAACAACGCCGCGCUGCAGCCAAAGCGAAAGCAGAAGCCGUAUCCGCUGCCUUGUUACCACGCCGACGCCGAAAAGCCAUUAGACAACGCCAACAACGAAAUUGCCGCGCCGCAGCCAGAGCGGAAGCAGAACCCGAAACCGCCGAAGCCCAAGCGGAAGCAGAAGCUGAAGCCGCCGAAGCCAAAGCGGAAGCAGAUGCUGAAGCCGAAGCGCAAACAGAAGCCGAAGCGGCUGCCUUGCUAAAAUGCCAUCGUCAAUACGACAUUAAACAACGUCGACAAAGACUGCGCCGUGCCGCAUCUAAAGCGGAAGCAGAAUCUGAAGCUGCCGAAGCCGCUGACUUGCUAAGACGCCAACGUCGAUAUGAUAGUAAACAACGCCGACAAAGACUGAGCCGCGCCGCAGCCAAAGCGGAAGUGACCAUGUGA